AUGGUCACUGAUGAGAAGAUACUUUGUGAAACAUGUGGCAAAAGUUUCAGUCAACGGAGUUAUUUGUUGCGACACAAUAGAAUUCAUACAGGUGAGAAACCAUAUUCUUGUGAAACAUGUGGCAAAAGUUUCAUUCAACGGAGUUCUUUGUUGGUCCACAAGAGAACUCACACAGGUGAGAAACCAUAUUCUUGUGAAACAUGUGGCAAAAGUUUCAGUCAACAGAGUAAUUUGUUGAUCCACAAGAGAACUCACACAGGUGAGAAGCCUUAUUUUUGUGGAAUAUGUGGCAAAGGUUUCAGUCAACGGAAUGAUUUGUUGAUCCACAAGAGAACUCACACAGGUGAGAAGCCUCAUUCUUGUGAAACAUGUGGCAAAAGUUUCAGUCAACAGACUUAUUUGUUGCGACACAUGAAAAUUCACACAGGUGAGAAGCCUCAUUCUUGUGAAACAUGUGGCAAAAGUUUCAAUCAACAGAGUGCAUUGUGGGCCCACAAGAAAACUCACACAGGUGAGAAG